AUUAUCUUCGGAAGCUCGAGAAAAUGUGAGGAAGUUUUGUUUGGCGAAUCGGAAACUAGCAUUCCUUGUUUCAUCUGAGAAAGCUUAAGAAAAUGCCUAGGAACGGCGAGGAAGAGAGCGUUCCCAGAACUCCGUCGAGCAUCCGGGCCAGAGCCAGACCGGAUCCUUUCUCGGCAGCGUGUAGGUGCUUCAGUUUAUUGACCUGUUUGGCUGCCAUCCUUUGCAUCGCCGUCAAUAUCCUCUCUGCUGUGCACUCCUUCAAGAACGGAUCUGAUGUUUUCGAUGACAAAUUCCGGUGUUACGCUGUGUUGUUAGCUUUUGUUGUGGUUGUCGCCGAAACGGAAUGGAGUUUCAUAACCAAGUUCUGGCAGGUUUUGGGAUACUGGGCUGGCAGGGGUAUGCUGCAGAUUUUGUAUGUCUCUCUUUUACUGAGAUUUUCGGUUAUCUUUUCCAAUAGGUUCUUCUAAUGAGCUUAUUUUCAUUUUCCUUGACCUCUGACACUUUAAACAUCAACGUAUAAAUUGUAAACUUAUACAAGUAUUAAACAUGUUGAGUUGGUGAAUUCUAUCUGGGGCAACGGCAGACUUCUCGUAUUUAUUGGCUUUGGCCACUUACAGAUGCUCAGAUUAAUGAGAGAUAUUAUUAAUUAUUAAUAUGUUGUUUGAAUUCUGCCAAGCCCAUCUAGUGAUACAAGGAAGGUUGUUUUUGCA